AUGUCGACAGUCAUGAACUUGAUAAGAACAAGGGCGACAGUUUCUGCCCUUUCAGUCGCCAGUUCAAAACAAGUUCGAUGUAUGUCAGCUACCCCAAAACCUAUCCCAAAGCCAGACAUCAAGUAUGCAAAGAUCUUUAUCAACAAUCAGUUUGUUGAUGCUCUCAGUGGUAAAACAUUCAAGACCAUCAACCCUACAACAGAGGAAGUCAUUUGUGAAGUGGCUGAGGGAGACAAGGCCGAUGUUGACAGAGCAGUAAAUGCAGCAAGAGAAGCUUUUAAGCUGGGAUCACCAUGGCGUACAAUGGAUGCAACAGACAGGCAGAACCUGAUGCUCAGAUUGGCUGAUCUUAUCGAGCGUGACAGAAAUUACCUGGCGUCUUUGGAAACGCUAGACAAUGGCAAGCCAUUCAGUGCCUCAUUUGCCGUGGAUUUGGACCUGACAAUCAAAUGCUACAGAUAUCAUGCAGGUUGGGCAACAAAAAAUGGAGGAAAAGUGGUUCCAAUGGAUGGAAAUUACUUCUCUUAUGUUCGUCAUGAGCCAGUUGGAGUUUGUGGACAGAUUAUUCCAUGGAAUUUCCCGUUAUUGAUGCAAGCCUGGAAACUUGGCCCAGCUCUAGCCAUGGGAAACACGGUUGUCAUGAAACCUGCGGAGCAGACUCCUCUCACAGCUCUCUACAUUGCCCAGCUGGCAGCUGAGGCUGGUUACCCACCUGGUGUCUUAAACAUUGUCCCUGGGUAUGGCCCAACAGCUGGUGCUGCCAUUGCACAGCAUAUGGAUGUAGACAAAGUUGCCUUCACAGGAUCCACAGAAAUUGGCCAGCUUGUGUCACAAAUGGCAGCACGAACUAACCUGAAGAGAGUGACACUGGAGCUUGGAGGCAAAAGUCCUCAGAUUGUAUUUGCUGACAGUGAUUUGGAAAAUGCUCUCAACAGCACACAUCAGGGAUUGUUCUUCAACCAAGGACAGUGUUGCACUGCUGGCUCUCGAGUCUUUGUUGAGGAUAAGAUUUACAAUGACUUUGUAGAGCUUGCCACAGAAAGAGCUAAAAAGAGAACUGUUGGUAAUCCUUUUUCAGACGUGGACCAGGGACCUCAGGUUGACAGUGACCAGCUGAAUAAAAUCCUCGAGCUGAUCAACAGUGGGAAGAAAGAAGGGGCCAAGCUGACAACAGGUGGUCAGCGGGUGGGGGACAAAGGCUACUUUGUGGCGCCCACUGUGUUUGCAGAUGUUAAAGAUGACAUGAGGAUUGCCAAAGAAGAGAUUUUUGGCCCAGUGAUGCAGAUACUGAAGUUUAAAUCAGACAAGGACUUGCUUGACAGGGCUCACAACACCAUUUAUGGCCUGGCAGCAUCCGUCUACACGAAGGAUGUAAACAGAGCUAUCUUUUUAGCUAACAGUUUAAGGGCAGGAACUGUCUGGGUGAACUGCCACAAUGUGUUUGAUACCACACUGCCAUUUGGAGGGUACAAGAUGUCUGGACACGGCCGAGAGCUGGGAGAGUAUGGUAUCAGUGCUUACACGGAGGUCAAAUCAGUCAUAGUGUCAAUUCCACAGAAGAACUCUUAA